GUAGUCGCCACGCCCCGCUGCGCGUACGUGCGCGCUCACGUUCAACGCGUGGUUCUUUCACAUUGCCGUAAGUAACGAAGCCUAUCCCGAGUUUUUAAAGCUUCCCGGCGUUCUUUUACAUGUUUUAAUUGUAAUCAACCACUCUGCGUCUUAGACUGAAGCCGGUUGGUCUAGGGGUGGAGUGGAGCGCGUCGAGCGUCGAUCUUUAGGCAGCACAUUGCGGCGGAUUUGAGGCGUUUGUUAGCGGAGAAAUGGCCACUGAGGUGGAGACUCUCCUACCGAGAAACCCGCUGCUCCAGCAGGAGGAGCAGGAUCGAUGCCAGGCCGAUAAAGACGGAGGAUUCCUGGUGAAGGAGCAAAACCUCAAACGUGCGAAAGACGAGAGCAACAGCCAGGCGAAAGAGAGUCCCGAUCCGGCGGAAGACGACGCCUCAAAGAAGGAGUUUACCGAGGCUCCGCCGCCCAAGGUGAACCCCUGGACGAAGAUGAGCGGGGUCAACGGACAAACACCGCACGCUGUAGAGCAUUCUGGGCCCACGAAGGUGGUGAAGGCGGGGAACGCGAGAAUGAGACGCGGCGGGAAGGUGGGGGAUUUUGGAGAUACAAACAACUGGCCGACACCUGGAGAGAUCGCUACGAAGGAAGUCCAGGUGGUGAAGAAGUCAGUGGUCAAACGAGAGUCCAAAGGAAAGAGGGAAAACGAAGAGAGUAAAGAGAACCUGAAAGCCAAAUCGGACGACUCUGGAGAAGAGAAAAACACUGACGAGGAGUCGCAGAAAAAUGGACAAAAAAAGCGAGGAAAUAAGCACAAGUGGGUUCCUCUGAUGAUCGAGGUGAAGUCUGAGGGUCCUCGCGAGCGCUCGGCCUCCAGGAAUAACACGCGUCAGUUUGACGCUCAUCGAGUUCCUCCUAACGGCAGAAACGACCUGAGAGACUGGCACAGUGGGAAGUAUGAUCAUGAGUUCAAGGACGACCAUGACGAGGUGUCGAGCGUGAAGAGCGAGGGCGCGCCGUACAGAAGCACUGUCAGGGGCCGCGGCCGGGGCCGGGGACGAGGACGAGGACGCGGCAGAGGAGCCGGCAGAGGUCAUUAUGACUACUAUGGCUAUAAAGGCUAUGACGGGAAGGAUGGUGCUUGCGGUCAGAAGUUCAACAGCACAAUGACCUACUAUUAUGACAACAUGAGCAGCGCUGAGCUGUACGCUGUGGACCAGGACCUGCUGAAGGACUACAUCAAGAGACAGAUUGAAUACUACUUCAGCGUGGACAACCUGGAGAGGGAUUUCUUCCUGCGCAGGAAGAUGGAUCAGGAGGGCUUCCUGCCGGUGGCUCUGAUCGCGAGUUUCCACCGAGUGCAGGCGCUCACCACAGACGUCAGUCUCAUCAUAGAGGCCCUGAAGGACAGUAAGGUGGUGGAGAUCAUCGAUAUGAAGAUUCGCUGCAAGGAGGAGCCUGAGAAAUGGCCGCUGCCUGGCCUCGCUUUGCUGGACCAUUCGCACACAGACUUUUCGCAGCUCAUCAACUGCCCAGAGUUUGUUCCCAGGAACGUAGUGGAGAAGCAGACAGGUUCUCCGAGAGCCUCCACACCGGUGCAGUCCAAGACCGGUGAUGUGAGUAACCUGAAGCUGAUGCCGAAGGGCCUGUCCGCCAGCCUGCCCGAUCUGGACUCGGAGUCAUGGAUCGAAGUGAAGAAGAGGCCUCGGCCAUCACCGGCGCGACCCAAGAAAGCGGAAGAGGCGCGGACGCCGGUUCAGACUGGCCCGACCGCAGGCGAGGAACAGGACGAGCCGGAGGAGCUGGACUUCAUGUUCGACGAGGAGAUGGAGCAGAUAGACGGCCGACGCAACACUUUCACCGACUGGUCGGAUGAGGAUUCGGACUGUGAAAUCGACGAUCGAGACGUCAACAAGAUUCUGAUCGUCACUCAGACGCCGCCGUACCUGCGCAAGCAUCCCGGGGGAGACCGCACCGGGAACCACACCUCGCGCUCCAAACUGACCAGCGAACUGGUCAAAAUCAUUAACGAUGGACUUUAUUACUACGAACAAGACCUCUGGGAUGACACGUACGAGCCCGAAUAUGCCACUAUCAAGCAAGAAGUGGAGAACUUCAAGAAGGUGCACCUGAUCAGCCGAGAGCAGUUCGACUGUCUGACCCCUGAACCGCCCGUCGACCCCAACCAGGAGGUUCCUCCGGGACCCCCGCGCCCCCAGCAGAUCCCCACAGAAGCCUUGGCCAACAAACUGUUCGGAGCGCCUGAGCCGUCGGCUAUGGCCCGCUCUCUUCCGACGGCCGUGCCUGACUCGCCCAGCUACCGCAGCGCCAGAACGCCCCGCACGCCUCGCACCCCGCGGCUCAAGGACCCCACGCAGACGCCCCGCUUCUACCCCGUGGUGAAGGAAGGACGGCCGCUGGACGCCAAAACGCCUCGCAAGCGAAAGACGCGGCACAGCUCCAAUCCGCCCAUGGAGUGUCAUGUGGGCUGGGUGAUGGACUCCAGAGAGCACCGCUCCCGCACCGCCUCCGUCAGCUCGAAUGCGAGUCCGUCUGAAGGCACCACAGCGAUGGGUAACUUCGGCUGCACUCCUCAGUCUCUUCCCAAGUUCCAGCACCCGUCGCACGAGCUACUGAAGGAGAACGGAUUCACGCAGCACGUUUACCACAAGUACCGGCGGCGCUGCCUCAACGAGCGCAAGCGGCUCGGCAUCGGCCAGUCCCAGGAGAUGAACACGCUCUUCCGCUUCUGGUCCUUCUUCUUGCGAGAUCACUUCAACAGAAAGAUGUACGAGGAAUUCAGACAGCUGGUGGUGGAGGACGGCAAGGAAGGCUACAGGUACGGUCUGGAGUGUCUCUUCAGGUUUUAUAGCUAUGGACUUGAGAGGAAGUUCAGGCCGGACAUAUUUAAAGACUUUCAAGAGGAGACCGUUAAAGACUACGAAGCAGGCCAGCUGUACGGACUCGAGAAGUUUUGGGCCUUUCUGAAAUACUCCAAAUCAAAGAACAUGGAGAUUGACCCCAAGCUGCAGGAGUAUUUAAGGAAGUUCAAGCGUCUGGAGGACUUCAGGGUGGAUCCCCCCAUGGAGGACGGCGGGCGUAAGAGACACCCUUCCAGCGGCGAUGGCCGUCGCCGUCAUCCCUCGCAGCCGUCGAGCCGGACGCAGGCCGCUCCUGCCGCCAGAGAUGAUGCCAAGCCCCCGGGCCAGCGAGCAGCGGCGCCCAAAUGAGCGUCUGACCCGUCCACACAAGCAUGACACAACGGCUCACGAUCGUCAAAUCAAGGCUCUUCCACCACCUCCUCCUCGAUCACGGCAUCUGUGCGUCAGAAACGGACAGCAGAGGGCAUGAGAAAUUCUUCCAUUCUUUGUUUUAUUAAAGACUUUGACGUUUUAUUCCUCUUGUAUCAUUGGGGUACAAAAAGGCUUUUGUUGAAUCUUUCUGCUUUAUAUCCUCAGUAGAGUCGCUGUUUUAUUUGGCCGAACGACGCUUGAUUCCACCCUGAUUUUUUUUUUUGGUUUUUAAGGAUUGCGUUGAAGGGUAAGAUUGCUCUUGACUAGAGUAGGUACUGGAUGAGAAACACUUAACUCAGAAAAUCAUGUGAUCUGCAGUUGUUUGAGCCAGAUGAUUUUAUGUUGCCGGUUUUUUGGGGGCCUUCGAUACAUUUUCUUGCAGAUGGCUUCCAGGGCUUGGGCAUCACUGUGACACUAACGUCCCGCUUGCCAAAUCCUCUCGUUAUCCUCCACACGUCUGUUACAGAAGACAGCGCCGACGACUCUUUUAGCUUCAGCGACCCGCGCUCAGUUGUGUUCAUGGAUCAUUCCUCCGCUCCUCGUCCUGCGAGGAAACAUCAGAGACGGAAACACCCAGAUCUAGUGCGAGUUUGUCCCCGGCCCAAUGAGUGUUAAUCCUAAUGUAUAUAUGAAUUCAAGAAAUUAAGAGACAUUACACCACCUGGCUGUACGUGUCAUUUAUUGUUUAUAGAGAUAUAUUUGCCUUACGUGUGCAUUUUUUUUUUAUGCUGACCCGAAUGCGUCUGAGCUUCUGCGCUCAAGCUCAGCGUCAUCACGGGUUUGUUUUAGUAUCACUUCUUGAUUUUCUUCAUGCAAACAGCAGGACGGUCUGACUAAAGGGAAACUGACCUCAGGCUAUCAACUGGAAUCGUGAAGAAAGACAAACUAUUAUGAUGAUGAUGAUGAUUAUAAGUGAUGCAUCUGAGAACUUUUCCGACUGCAUUCGGAUCAUAAGCAAUAUUCCAGUUGCUGAUCUAAUUUAUGGAUUUUCACACAAGUUUGGCUGCCAUAUGAGCAUCUACCCGUUUGCUCCAAUGUUUUCAGUUGUUUUGGUUUCCAUUCAUCUCUCUGGUAAUAUUUGGAUUUGAAUUUGAUUUCGUAUUAACCUGCGACACGUUUAGCGGUUCCCUUCUCCUGCGUUCCCUUGAUAGCCUUCUUCAUUCAGAGUAGCUGUGGUCAAAUCUUGAUGAGGAAAAUCUUGUGAUCACUGAUGUAAUUAAAAACAUUUUAUUCAACUAAA